AUGCAAAAGUUUGUCGAAGCAAUUGAUGAUUGUGGACUCCAGGAUGUGGAGGUCUCAGGUCCUUUGUUUACAUGGAGAAGGGGAGAUUUAUUGGAAUGUCUUGACAGGAGUUUGAUUAACCAAGAAGCUGCUGAGAUGUUUCCUCGCAUUCAUGAGCUGCAUAUUGAUGUAGGAGCGUCAGACCACAUACCCAUUCUCAUUUAUUCUGAUGGCUUGCCGGCUAAGAAAUGCGACAAGAGGCAGGAGCAUAGGAGGAUGAAUAGUGAAUUGCAAUCUCUGCCUUUUGAUAGUACAAAUAGUGAGGUGGUGGAGAGAAGAAUUUCAGUAGUUGCUGAGCUACAAAAAUUAAUGGAGUAUGAAGAACAGAUGUGGAGGCAGAAAUCUCGGAUUGAUUGGCUCAGUGAAAGGGAUCAAAAUACUAAGUUCUUCCACGGUUAUGCAAAAGCGAGAGGUCGAAGGAAUAGAGUUGGAAGAAUUAUGAAUGCUGCCGGGGGAAUGGCAAGAGACAUCUAA